AUGGCCACAAAAGUGGAGUUCGCGGUUCAGAUGCGCUGCCAGUCGUGUAAAAACAAGAUCGCCGACCAGUUGUCACACUUCCCGGACGUACGAGUGCUCGACAUUGACCUCCAGAGCCAACGCGUGAUCGUAGAGCUCACGCCUACCGCUGACCAGACGUCCAUCGCUUCCAAGACAUCCGUACACGACAUCCAAUCGGCGAUUGAGACCAACUUAGGUCUCACGACUGUUGUCAAGGGUUUGGGCGAUAGUGUGGCCGCUGUUACCGAAAUCACCGGUGACGACGGGAUCAUAGGAGUGGUCCGUUUCGCACAACAGGCCAACAGUCAGUGUUUAGUGGACGCUGUGAUCGACGGUCUGCGCCCACACACCGACUACUCGGUCAACAUUCACGCGUACGGCGACCUCAGCGGCGAACGGUUCCAGCGCUUGGGCUCCGUAUACCUGCCCAUUGCCGACAACUUCCAGACCAGUGGUUAUCCGGCCAGAGGUUCGCUGAAGACAGUGGUCGACAAUUGCGAGCUCAGCGCCUGUAUUGGCCGAGCGCUGGGUAUCAGUGCUAAACAGUCGGGAACUACUGGUGGCGGCGGUGGUGUUGUGGGCGCCGGUAUCGUCGCCCGCGCUUCCAGUGUCGGCGAUAACAGCAAAAAAGUGUGCGCCUGUAGUGGACGUACCCUUUGGGACGAGAGGGCCAUCAAACAGGAGGACCAGUCCAGCCAACUAAUGGAUCCGUUAAAUAGUGACAACCAAUCGAUUGAAACACUGAUAUUCAACUCAAGUGAUUACCACUCAUUCGCCAACACCUCUAACACCGACACCACUAACGCAGACACUGACCGGCCGUUUGAUCGCAUAUUACGCCAGAAAUGGUCGGAAGCGUUGGCCAAACCCAACGUAUUUCGCUAUCGAGUGGACGAACACUCGCUGACCAGUCGUGCCCUUCCGGGCGAGUACUCAAUGCACGCCUACCUUAACGAGGGUCGAGCCGUCGCGCGUCGACCGCCGCAACUCAUGGCUAGCAUUCGGCAGCCCUUCGACGGCCAGCGGUUUAACUUCACCCGAAUCGGCGCCGAAGAGUACUUAUUCAACGUCCAGUCCAGCGAUGGCCAGCUGUCGGGCGCCGUAAUCGUCAACCAAUCACCGAUCGAGUACUGCAACGCUCUGCUCGUCCCGCGAUUGGCCGACUGUCGGCCGCAAGUGCUCACCAGUGAUGGCCUACUAUUGGCCGCGAGUUUGGUGGCGAUGAGUGGCCGGCGGUCACUGCGCGCCGGGUUUAACUCGUUGGGCGCCAUGGCUUCGGUCAAUCACCAGCACUUCCACCUCUACUAUUACGACCACCCGAUGCUCAUCGAGACACUACCCAUCAGUACAGACCACCGGCUGAUUGGUUGGCCGAUCGACACCCUGUGCUUCGAGACCACAGACCUGUGCGCUGAGAGUUUGGCCCGACUUGUGGUCAGAGUUCAACGUCUUGUAGACUAUUGUUUGGCCGAAAGUAUCGCUCAUAACCUGUUUGUUAGCCGCAGUGAUAGUGUCGGCGCCGACCGUACGCCUGGUCUACGGCUAUACGUGUGGCCCCGGGAGCCGGUGUUUGGCCGCAAAGACGAUCACGUGAUUAAUGCGGCCUUUUGUGAGUUUACGGGAUUUUUUAUGUGUAAAUCGCGACAAAUGUUUGCGGAUAUGACUGAAGAGAGUUGUGUCCAACUGUUGGCCGAAGUGAAGACCUGUUGUCAUCGUUUGCAGCAUUUGUUUGUGGGAACUUUUGGUUUCCAAAUCAUAGACGGAAUGUUGCACCGAAUGACCCGUAUUUCAGGCAAUUUUGACAAUUCAGUCAAUAUAUCUGCUGUUAUUCUCAAAUCCGUCGCUGCGAUGACUGAAUCGGUGCCGGAGUUUACUAUCAUUGAGAAGACAUACGAAUUGGACACCAAAGACACCGUACGGUUGCUAUUGAUCAGAGGGGGGCAGACAUUCAUGCUAUGGGUGGGCGAGUCGGGGGUCAGGGGUGGCCCCCAGUUGGCCGACCUGUCCCUCGCUGUGGGCGAACACUCGACAUCCGUG